AUGAGUGAGGGGAUGCUAUCCAAGUCGACCCUCCUACUGUUGAUAUACGAAAUUGUAAAAGUGAAUGAUGAGAUUUUGCAGAACAGCGAGAUUGCGUUGGGCAGUGAGUUCGAGUUGAGGAGCGAUGCCUCUGACGGUGAGGAUGUCGGGGGGGGGGCAACGGAAAAGAGGUUACCCCACGGGGAGGAGCAGCUUCUGGGGGAAGCGGUGGGAAUCCCCACGCGGCAGGAGGGGGCUAUUAGCGGUGGGGUGAGCAAUGGUGCACUUCUUGACGACGCGAAUGGAAACCUGCUUGGAGAUUGCGCCGCCCCCCCCAGCGCGCUUGAGCCAAAUGGCGCGGGCAAGGACAGCUCCACGCACCCACCCCGUAGCGCCAAAGAAAAACAGCUAGCCAACGUUUUAUCUGGCAAGCUAAAAGGCAUGGGCAAACACAUCGGCAGGAAGCUCAUCGAGAGAGUACUCAUUUACAAAAACGAUUUCAGUGACCCUAAGGACAUCGCUAAACUGAUCGGAAAAGACGUUUGGGCAGUUCUCUUCAACAAAAGUGCAGAUAAAAUACAGGCCUAUAAAAAAGGAGUCUAUGUGCUUACGGACAGCAACAUGGGCUCUUACCUAAGCCACUUGCUUCUCGACAACGAAACGAAACAGAAGUCAAAUUUUACGCACCACGUGCUCGUACUCAUUGUCGGCAUCAUUAAGGGCAUUCUGGCGCGGUUCCGCAUGAAGGGCUCCGUCACCUACACCCUGGACUACCCCACGUGUAGGGCACUGGAGGGAGAGAGAGAGAGCCCCCGGCGGCUAGCCGUGCGAGGGGCGUUAGCUUAA